GACGUGAAGGCAACACGACAACUGCCUCAGCGAAGACACGCCGAAUGCUCCUCGUGCUGCUGUGAUGGGAACAAACUGACAAGGUAGACGCGUCCGUCUUUAGAGAGACAGAAACCCGACGGAGGCAAGAGAGCCGCCCGCCAUGGGGAGCGCGUUGUCUCGCCGCUGCGGCAGCAGACUGUCGUCGAUCCUGCCGCGGAGGCCGAGCUCCGGGCGGCGAGGUGAAAAAGAGACGCGGGCAGAGAGAGACGACGACGACGACGACGACACCUUGGACGGGCUUGUCAGGAGCGAAGACAUGGCCAAGUUUCCUUACGUGGAGUUCACUGGCAGAGACAGCAUCACGUGCCCGGCGUGCCAAGGAAGUGGACGCAUUCCCUCAGAGCAAGUCAAUGAACUUGUUGCAUUGAUCCCGUAUACCGACCAAAGGCUGCAGCCUCAAAGAACCAAACUCUACGUGGUUCUGUCCGCCGUGUUGUGUUUCCUUGCCUCUGUGCUGGUGGCCUUCUUCCUUUUCCCGCGAUCGGUGAUCGUGGUGGAUGAUGGGAUAAGUGUGGUGACGGUGCACUUCGACCCUCCCAGCUACAAGGUCCAGAUGAACUUGACGAGCACACUUAACUUCAGCAACCCCAACUUCUUCUCGGUGCUGGUGCAGAGUGUCAGCUGUCAAGUGCUCUACAUGAAGAAGGUCAUCGGUACGCAUCAUCUGAACAACGUCACCACCGUUUUACCACUUAGCGAGCGUCAGGUGAACUACACAGUCAGCGUGGAGAUUGGCAGUAGUGCGGCGUACGUCUUUGCCUUCUGCACCAUGCGCAGCAUCAAGGUCCACAACAUCGUUGUUUUUAUGCAAACCUCCGUAAAAACCUCACACAUGGUGCGAACGUCGCAGAACAGCCUGGAAGCGUAUCACUACGUCAACUGUGGCUCCAACACCACAUACCAACACUGGCACCACUUCUCGGCCCACAGCCAUCUCUCGUAACGACAGAAAUGAGGAGGGUUAGAGCUUUCAUUCUCUGGAGCGAUGGCCGAAGCUCACGCAAAAUCUGGUUCCGUGGCCAGACUGUCUCUUGAACUUAGCAGCUUCCUGAAGAAGGUUAGCUGUUCAAUGUUUCCUUAUUUCUUUUUUUUUGGGGGGGGGGGGAUUCUGGUACCACAAACAAAGUACUCACAUUGCAGCUAUAAAGUAUAUAUCAUUGCACAGUUGCUGGGAUGUUUAGAAAUUAACCCAUCUGUAGCUGUCAACUAAAGGCUUUUGUUGAAAAUAAGUACUGCUGCAGUUUCAAGGGAAAACCUAUUUGUAAAUCAAUAGUGCUUUGUAAAUGCUGCAUAUUGUUACAAAUGUUACUCCUGCUGUAUUAAGUACAGUAGUAUGAAGCUGAAAACCAUUUCUAUAACCUACAGUGCUCGUUUUUCAACUUGUGCACAUUGCUAUUUUUGAUUAGGAUGAAGUGAAGCUACACUCUUGCCUCAAAACUGCAUUUGAACGGUUUUGGAUAGCAUCAUAAACCAAAUUUGUACAAAAUUACGAGCCAAUCACACUGGAGAAUCUACUUCUGCUGUUAACAGCAUUUUGCCUCAUCCUGCAUGUGUGUUUUACUUGAAUCCUGUGUGGUUAAUCAGGAUCUCUGUCUAGAUUUAUGGGUGUACACAAUGUUUUUGAUGGGGGUGCUAUUUGUACAAUUAUGCUUUGUCUGACUGACACAUUUUAGCAGAUGUUUUAAAAAUAAUGACUUCAAUAUGUGUUCCAAGGCUAAAGAAGCAUCAACGGAAAUGUCAAUAAAUACUAUUAAUGUUAA